AUGGCCAAGCGAAAAAGGUCCCUUUCAAGCCGGGAACAAAAAGACAAAGACAAAAGAAGAAAAAGACUUAAGCGAAAUGAAUUAAAACCCUCCUUGGUAUAUAGUCCAGUGAAUGGACCGUGGAGAUUAAAGACUGCAGAAUACUUUAAACUAGACAACAUAAGCUGCCCGUCUGAUAGUGAGGAAACAUCUACAGAGUUAGGAUAUCCAUCACUGCUACACGAAACAAAUCCUGAUGGAAAUUGUUUUUUCAGUGCAUUGUCUUAUAUAAUCACUGGUACAGAAGAAUACCACUCUCAAAUCAGGUCACAUAUUUGUAAUCAUCUCCUUACGCAUCAGGAAGAAUUAACUAACGCUCUUCCAAACAAGUAUUGCGAAAAUGCAGAAGCAUAUUUAUCAAAUACUUCAAUGCGAUGCGAAAGAAUAUGGGCGACUGAAACAGAAAUAUUUGCUGCCGCAGAUAUGCUUAAAGUUGACAUAUAUGUCUAUUCCAAAUACGGUCCACACUGGAAAUGGAUGAAACACAGUCCUACACAAUCUGAUGUAACAGGUGGAAUAUACCUUUACCAUCGAAAUUUGAAUCAUUAUGAUGUUGUUCUCAGUGUCCAAAAUGAAAAUCCAAAGGCUCUCAAGAAAAAAGAAAUGUAUGCAAAAAACAAAGAAAAGUAUAGGAAGCAAGAAAACUUGAAAUAUACUACAGAUCAAGAACUGCAACGACGUAAAAAAGCAGCCUCUAAACAGAAAUACGAAAAAGACAUUCAGUAUCAACAGCGUAAAAAAGCAGCCUCUAAACAGAAAUACGAAAAAGACAGUCGGUAUCAACAGCGUAAAAAAGCAGCCUCUAAAAAGAAGUAUAGAGAAGACGCAAUAUUUCAAGAGCGUAAAAAAAGAAACUUUAGGAAGAAAUACAAAGAAGAUAGAAUGUUUCAACAAUGUAAAAAUGCAGCCUCUAAACAGAAAUACAAAGAAGACAAGAACUUUCAACAGCGAAGAAAAGCAGCUUCUAGAAAGAAAUACAAAGAAAAUAAAGUAUUUCGAGAGCAAGUUAAAUUAGCAUCUAGAAAAAAAUACAGCGAAAAUUUGAACUUCAAAAAUCGUGUUCUAUACUACUCACUAAGGAAGUACAGAUCUAAUACCAUCUUUAGGCAAAAUGUAAAAGCGUCCUCGAUAAAACGGUAUGCAUCAAAUUCUUUAUUUCGCCAUAAACUGAAAAGGCUCCUUUUCCAACAAUAUCACAAGGACCCAACCAUUCAGGUUAAGAAAAAAGAAGCAGUGAAUCAAAGACGCAAAAAUCUUCAUGUUGCAUUGCAAACAUUCACUAAAAACAUCAAGAAAAUCCCAACAUAUCCGUGUACAGUGUGUGCAAGGACGCUUUACAAAUCUCAAGUAAAGAUCUGCAACCGCUCCAAGUAUGUAAAUGGCAAAUUCUCAAGUAAUGCUACAAGAUGUCUUAGUGGACAAUAUACUUACGAUUCGAAGGAGUGGAUCUGCAUCACAUGUGACAGACAUCUGUGUGCAGGUAACAUGCCACCACAAGCUCUUGUAAAUGGAUUACAACUUACGAUCGUACCCGAGGAGCUAAAACAUUUAAAUCACCUAGAAAGACAACUUGUUGCUCUUCGAAUUCCUUUCAUGAAACUCCUCUCACUUCCAAAGGGUGGACAAAAAGGUGUCAAAGGACAAGUUGUAAACGUCCCGUCAAACAUCAGCAGUAUCACGACUUCUCUGCCUAGAACUAUUAAUGAGGCUCAGAUGGUCAAAGUUAAACUUAAAAGGAAGCUGUCAUACAAAGGACAUUACCAGUAUGAAUGGGUUAGACCAGAAAAGGUAAAAGAAGCAAUAGAGUUCCUGAAAAGAAAUAACCCAUGGUAUUCAAAUAUAGCACUCAGUGACAGUUGGUUUGACCCAGAAACCGAUUCAGAUUUAGUUAAAGUAGACGAACAAGAAAAUUCUUCGGAUGAAGAAAAUGAAAGUUCAGAACAGGAGAAUUUGACAAUGCACACACAACCAGUAGAAACGUGUUCUCAGCCUGUUGAUUUAGGACAAGAGUAUCUAGACACAGAGAACAAAGUUUUUUGCAUUGCGCCCGGUGAAAAUCAAACACCGCAAAGUAUCUUCCAGGAAAAAGGAGCGGAUGCAAUGGCUUUUCCAAACCUUUAUCCAGAUGGCAAAUUCGGAUACUUUGAAGAUCGACCUAUAAAACUGUCCCCUACAAAAUACUUCAAUGCCCGCUUAUUUUGCGCCGACAAAAGAUUCGCAAGAGAUAAUCAGUUUAUCUUCUUUGCUCAAUUCAUGAUUGAAAUGUCAAACAUUCGAUCAAACAUAUCUAUAGCCUUACGGAAAGGGAAAGGAAAUACAAAUGAUGGAGGUAAAGUAACGGCGUCAAUGCUUACUAAUGCUAAUGAUUUACAGAAAAUUCUUAAAUCAGAUGCUGGUUUUCGUUUCUUACAACCAGUACGCGGAUCGCCUCCAUAUUGGCAAAGAACAAUGAAAGAUCUAUACGCCAUGAUUCGGCAGUUAGGAAUCCCGACAUGGUUUAUAACGUUUUCCGCUGGUGAAACUAGAUGGGAUGAAACAAUCAAUGCAUUAAAAGACCCGGAAGACCCAAGAUCACCUGGAGAUAUAGAAUGGACAGAAAAAUGCCACCUUAUAAGGGAAAACCCUGUGAUGUGUGCCCGAUUAUUUAAUAACCGUGUGCAAAGACUUUUCACAGACUUAAUUAUGUCCCCUUCACAACCAGUCGGAGACGUAGUGGAUUUCUUCUACCGAACAGAGUUUCAGCAGCGCGGCUCUCCACAUAUCCAUUGUUUAUUGUGGGUCAGGAAUGCACCUAAAUUAAACGAAAACACAGAGAAAGAAAUCUGUACUUUUGUUGAUAAAUAUGUAUCAUGUUCCAUGCCAAAUGAGAAAAGCGAUCCUGAACUCCAUGAUAUUGUUAAUGCUGUACAGGUUCACAGUAAGACACACACAAAGUCAUGCAAGAAGAACUCAACGACAUGUCGAUUUAAUUUCCCUAGGCCUCCAAUACGCAAAACGUUUCUUGUAAAAGUCACAGAGGAAGACAAUGAAAACAAGGAGAGAGAAAAAAAUCAAACCACUAACAUGCCAACACUUCAGGAAAUUGAACACCUAUGUAAAUCUGGUGCCGAGAGAUCUCCAAAACAAAUUGUUAAAGAUAUAUGGAGAAUAAUCAACUCAACAGAAUCUAACUUAACAUUUGAUGACAUUCUACUUGCUUGUAAUAUUACUUACGCCAAAUUCAAGGAAAGUCUGUCUGCAAAUACGAAGAAAAACACGAUAUAUUACAAAAGAAACGUAGAAGAUGGUUGGGUUAACAAUUACAAUCCAACUUUACUGCGUGCAUGGAAUGCAAACAUGGACAUUCAAUAUGUUAUGGACCCUUACUCAUGUGUAGCUUAUAUACUAUCAUAUAUCAGCAAAGCAGAAGCCGAAGUCGGCGAACUUAUAGGAAAUGCACAAAAAGAAGCACGAGAGGGCAACAAGGAUGCGGCUACUGCAAUGAAACACAUUGCUCAGGUUUACGUCCAAAACAGAGAAGUGUCUGCACAGGAAGCUGUUUUCAGAGUUUGCAGCAUGCAUUUGAAAGAAUGCUCAAGAGAAGUUGUAUUCAUUCCCACAGGAAGCAAUGCAAUUAAGAUGAGUCUUCCUUUGAACAUACUGAAAUCACGAAAAGGAAACAGUGAAAAUAUAUGGAUGUCCUCCAUCAUUGACAAAUAUUACGCUCGACCAAUUGGACAACCAUUUGAUGAACAAUGUUUGGCAGAGUUCUGCUCAUAUUACUCUCUCUAUCCAGCCUCUAGACCUCCAACUUCUUCCAAAAAAGGUGCACAGCUAUUGCACUAUGAACUGAAUAAUGGACUAGGGUACAUAAAAGAAAGAAAGAAAGGAAAACAAGCUGUCAUCCGCUACCCCCGAUUCAAUCGCUUGAAGCAGGAAAAUGAUUACUUCCUGACAUUGCUUCAACUGUACCUACCACACAGAACUGUAAUAAUCAAACCUGAAGAAUUCUUCAAUUUUGAACAUUACAUUUUCAAUGGAAAAAUCGGAAAAAGAUCCGUAUUGAACAUCAUUAAUGAAAACAGAGCUCGCUUUGAGAGGGAUGCUGAUAAUUUAGAGAAAGCAUGGGAUGAUGUACAGGAGGGCCGCAUCGGAGAGGAUGCAUGGGCAGCAGUAGCCCCUGAAUGUGAAGCAGAAAGACUCACACUGCAGGAGAAAAAUACAAGCAAAGUUAAUAACGAGGACGAAGACAUAUCUCCAGAUAUCGAACUUCUGGCGAUUUCUAAAAAAUCGUCUACAUCUACCCAAGCUGGAAUCAUACAAUAUCAGAAACCUAAAAUUUCUCCUACCAAAAUACAAGAUUCAUUAAGAAAAAUGAAUUUGAUUCAACAACAAGUAUUCUACAAAGUAAGAGAAUGGGUAUUUGAAGUAGCAUGGAAAAAGUCUCCUGAUCCCUUUCAUCUGUUUCUAACCGGAGGAGCAGGAACAGGAAAAUCGCAUCUCAUAAAAUGCAUAUAUCACGAAACAAACAGAAUUCUAUCCAAAACACUUGAAACACCUGAUGCUUUAUCGGUGCUUAUAACAGCACCAACUGGAACAGCUGCAUUCAACAUAGGCGGUAUGACUUUGCAUUCAGCAUUUGGGAUUAGCAAAAAUAUUAAACUCCCAUACACGCCUUUGGGGGAAAACAUCCUAAACUCGCUAAGAGCAAAAUAUGAGCACUUAAAACUCCUUAUCAUUGACGAAAUUUCGAUGGUAGACCACAAACUUCUAACAUACAUCCAUGGCAGGCUGACCCAAAUUAAACAAUCUAAGAAGGUGUUUGGAAAUGUUGCAAUUUUAGCUGUUGGUGAUUUCUACCAGCUUCCUCCAGUGAAGGCAUCUCCUCUGUACAAGCUAAAGGAUUCUAUAAUUUUAGAUCUCUGGAAUCCAUUAUUCCAAAUUGCCAGCCUGUCUGAGAUCAUGCGUCAAAAGGAAGAUGUAAAGUUUGCCGAAAUGUUAAAUCGUCUAAGAGUCCGAUUGCGGGGAGAACCAUUGCAACAAACAGACUUACAACUCCUUCAGUCUGUUUCUAAAGAGUCAAUUCCGAUAGAGUCAAAGAAUGCUUUGCAUAUAUUUUCAACCAACAACGAAGUGGAUGCACACAAUGAACAGAUGGUAGAAACAGUCUGCAGUCCAUGUCUGUACUCAACAGCCAAAGAUUACACAAAAAGUACCUCAGGUACGCUGCUCUUGCGAAAGCUACCCUAUUCCUCCUCAUCGCCAGAAAACCUACCAGACAUAAUCAAACUUGGAAUCAAUGCACGGGUUAUGCUAACAAGAAACAUUGAUACAGAAGAUGGUCUUGUUAAUGGCGCAUUUGGUACAAUAUCUGCUAUAGAGGUCAGGGGAAAUGACAUCGAUGCGGUAUAUAUACAAUUUGAUAACGAAAACAUUGGCAGAAAAGCCAUCUCCACCACAGUUUCAAAUGUACAAGGAUCAGAAAAAGCUGUCCGUAUAACGCCAUAUGAAGAUGUUCUUGUAGGACGAAAUGCACUCAGAAAACAAUUGCCACUUAAGCUGGGUUGGGCAGCAACCAUUCACAAAGUGCAAGGGAUGACAACAACACAAGUAGUAGUUUCACUUCAAAAGAUAUUUCAACCAGGAAUGGCAUAUGUAGCAUUAAGUAGAACAACUACAUUACAAGGACUCAACAUCUUGCAUUUUGACACAGAUUGUAUUUUUGCGUCAGCAGAAAUUAAGGAAUCACUUUCUAGCAUGCCAAACUACCUCCUCCAAACUGGUGUUGAUGACAAAUGUUAUUGUCUGAAACUAUUGUUGCAUAAUACAGAAGGUCUCCUCUCACAUAGGAAAGACAUUGAAAACGCUGGUUUUGUGAAUGACUCCCAAGUUAUAUGUUUCACAGAAACAUGGCUUACCAAGAAAGACUACGUACCUCCCAGCUUAAUUCCAAACUCAGAUGUUCACGCAGUCUAUCGAGAGGAUGCAUACACAUCCUCUGAUCCCAUAUUUCGACAACUAAAAUCACAGGCUAAGGGUGGGGUCGCAAUAUUUACAAAAGAUGUCAAACAUUCAAGGUACACGACCAAAGUAAAGGACUUAGAGUGUGUGUCAAUACAAAUAUUAGAACCAACAGCGGUAGCGGUGUUCGUGAUAUACAGACCUCCAAUAUAUCCAAUGGAUAAGUUUAAAGCCAAAAUCAGCUCUCUAUUAUCCCAAAUCAAUCAAGAAAUAUCCUCCCCAGUGUUGAUUCUGGGCGAUUUCAAUGACAACUACUUUGGAAAACCAUCUCUAAAAACGUUGUUUACAAGCUAUGGCUACCAACAACUUGUGAACAAGCCAACGACAGAGAGUGGCUCUUGUCUCGACUUGGUGCUCGCAAAAGACUUCCCAGAAGAUCCAAAUGUGACAAUUGAACAUUUGUAUUAUAGUUUCCAUGAUGCAAUUUCUAUUAAAUUGUAA